AUGUCCUGCCAGCAGAGCCAGCAGUGCCAGCCCCCUCCCAAGUGCGCCCCCAAGUGCCCACCCAAGUGCCAGACCCCAAAAUGUCCCCCCAAGUGUCCCCCAAAAUGUCCUCCUGUGUCCUCCUGCUGUAGCUCUGGGGGUGGAGGUUGCUGCAGCUCUGGGGGUGGGGGCUGCUGCAGCUCUGGAGGUGGGGGCUGCUGCAGUUCUGGGGGUGGGGGCUGCUGCCUGAGCCACCACAGACGCCGCAGAUCUUCCCGUCACUGCCAGCCUUCUGGGGGCUCCAGCUGCUGUGGAGGGAGCUCCAGCUGUUGUGGUGGAGGCUCCAGCUGUGGAAGGGGCUCCAGCUGCUGUGGAGGGGGCAGCAGUCAGUCUUCUGGAGGCUGCUGCUAG